ACAGGAAGGAGUCCUGUACUGUUUGCCUCCACAUCCUGACCUCUUCUCUCUCUCCAGCUGCAAUCUCACGAUUAUCAGGGAGCACCCCCCAGGAUGAGCAAUCUUGAAAUUUCUGCGGAAGCAGAGAUUGCAUUGUUGUCAAUGAAAAAUAUUUAAGAGCAAAAUGCAAGGGAGAAGACUGGUCCAUGCUGAUUAUGGUCAUACAAAGCCCUUUUUGCUCCACCCUUAACAUUUUUUUUAAUUUGAAAUAGUCCGAAGUUAUGUAGAUGACUUUAAUUAACCUCUUGAGCCAGACCUUAGGCAUAAUGGCACAAUUGGAAUACCCUUUGUGAGCAAGUAACCUUUGCGCUGAUGCUGGCAGUGGGAACUGCUGUGAUCGGCUCACUCCAGUUUGGCUACAACACCGGUGUCAUCAACGCACCUCAAGAGAUCAUCGAGGCCUUCUACAAUGAAACAUGGUUCGACCGUUAUGGUACAAGCAUCACCAAGACAGCACUCACCACGCUGUGGUCCAUCUCGGUCUCUGUCUUCUCUGUGGGCGGCAUCAUCGGCUCCUUCUCCGUGGGCCUCUUUGUCAAUCGCCUCGGCAGGAAGAACUCCAUGCUGGUGGCUAACAUCCUGGCAUUCCUCUCGGCAGCCUGUAUGGGCUUCUCCAAGUUGGGGGGUUCCUGGGAGAUGCUGAUCCUUGGCCGCUUCAUAGUGGGGCUGUACUCCGGCCUCUCCACUGGCUUCGUGCCCAUGUACGUGGGCGAGAUCUCUCCCACCAACCUCCGCGGGGCGCUGGGCACCCUCCACCAGCUAGGGGUCGUAAUCGGCAUCCUCAUCGCGCAGGUGUUUGGCCUUGAGGCCAUCUUGGGCAACGAGACCAUGUGGCCCUUCCUGCUGGGCCUCACCUUCUUCCCAGCCUUGCUACAGUGCAUCCUGUUGCCCUUCUGCCCCGAAAGCCCUCGCUUCCUGCUCAUCAACCGCGGCGAGGAGAACAAGGCCAAGAACAGUGAGUCUGCCGCACACAUCCAGCGGGAUGAGCCCCGCUAAACCACACGCGUGU